AAUAUCCGGGACUCUCGUGUGACAGUCAGCUGAUAUAGUAUUAGGUGUGUUUCUAUAUAUUUUUUUCCCCUCAGUACAGUACUCCAGAUAGAUCUAGUUGCAAUUACAUUUGGUGAUUUAACAAUAGUCUAAAACCAACCGGUAAGAACUGGUAUUUGGUUUGAAAAAAUGGCAGCACACCCGCCAAAGACAAAGAUUCUGAUAAGUGCAAAUAAAAGGUUGCAAAACCUGAAAGAGGCCUUCGAGAAAAAGUAUGGAGAACCACCUCUUUUUUAUGCACGAGCUCCCGGAAGAGUCAAUCUGAUAGGAGAACACAUUGACUACUGUGGUUACGCUGUGCUCCCAAUGGCUAUUGAGCAGAGUAUUCUUGCUGCGGUCACUGUCAAUGAUUCCAAGAAAAUCUACCUGGCCAACACAGAACCUAAAUACAAGGACUUUACAGUCUCUUCAGAAGAUAUUGAGAUAGACAAGGACAAUCCUCAGUGGUACUAUUACUUUCUCUGUGGGGUGAAAGGGAUUCAGGUGAGUCAUGUAGACUCUGCUUAUUACUUUCUCUGUGGAGUGAAAGGGAUUCAGGAGCACCUAGGGAAGGUUACUCUGUCUGGGAUGAAGUGUGUUGUGGACGGGACCAUCCCGGCUAGCUCAGGCCUGUCCAGCUCCAGUGCCCUGGUCUGCUGUGCUGCGCUCCUCACGAUGGAGGUUAACCACAAGUCCCUCAACAAGGUGGCGCUGGCAGAGAUUUCAGCCAAGUGUGAGCGCUACAUUGGCACUGAGGGUGGGGGCAUGGACCAGUCCAUCUCAUUCCUGGCAGAGGAAGGAACUGCCAAGCUGAUUGAGUUCCACCCUCUGCGGGCGUCUGACGUACGUCUCCCUGAGGGAGCAGUGUUUGUUAUCUCUAACUGCUGCGUUGAGAUGAACAAGGCUGCUACCUCUCACUUCAACAUCCGGGUGGUCGAGUGUCGGAUAGCUACCAAGAUGUUGGCGAAGGCUCGGGGGCUGGAGUGGGGCCGGCUGCUGAAGCUGUCCCAGGUGCAGGCAGAGCUGGAGGCCUCUCUGGAGGAGAUGCUGCGUCUGGUGGCUGAGGUGCUGCACCCUGAGCCCUACAGCAGAGAGGAGGUCUGCAAGGCCCUGGGAAUCACCACAGAACAGCUCUGUACAGACCUCCUUAGCCCCAACACACAGCACGUGGCCCAGUUCAAGCUGUACCAGCGGGCCAGGCAUGUAUACGGCGAGGCGGCACGGGUACUGCGAUUCAAGAGCGUGUGUGAUGAAGCUCCCUCCGCACCGAACGGCGUGCAGCGGCUAGGAGACCUGAUGAAGCAGAGCCACGCCAGCUGCAGAGACCUGUACGAGUGCAGCUGUCCAGAACUGGACCAGCUGGUAGAGAUAUGUCUGCAGUCUGGUGCGGUGGGUUCCCGGCUGACCGGAGCAGGCUGGGGGGGCUGUGCUGUCUCCAUGGUCCCCACAGACAAGGUGGAGUCUUUCCUAAAGAGCGUCAGAGAGUUAUACUACACGGCAGACCCACGCAGAGCCCAGCUAGAGAAACACAGUCUGUUUGUCACCAAGCCUGGUGGAGGGGCGGCCAUUUUCCUUGAAGACUGAAAUUUUAAAAAAUGCUUCUCUUUACAAGUUUGAGGUGAAAUGUCUUCCUUGCCGUUUCACCCUUUCAGUAUUUUUUUUACUAUUACUUUAGUCGUGACUCUAUGACUAAUUCUCAUGCCAAAAUGACACCGUUGAUGAUUCUGGAAUUUCAAGGGCAAUGAUAAUCAAAGCCAGUCUGCUCCCAGAUUUGUUGUCUCCUUCAAUAGCCUGGUCCCAGAUCUGUUGGCUCCGUCUAUAGCCUGGUCCCAGAUCUGUUGGCUCCGUCUAUAGCCUGGUCCCAGAUCUGUUGGCCCCGUCUAUAGCCUGGUCCCAGAUCUGUUGGCCCCGUCUAUAGCCUGGUCCCAGAUCUGUUGGCCCCGUCUAUAGCCUGGUCCCAGAUCUGUUGUCUCCAUCUGUAGCCCCAUCCCAGAUCUGUUUUCUCCUUCUAUAGCCUGGUCCCAGAUCUGUUGUCUCAAUCUGUAGCCCCAUCCCAGAUCUGUUGUCUCCAUCUGUAGCCCCAUCCCAGAUCUGUUGUCUCCAUCUGUAGCCCCAUCCCAGAUCUGUUGUCUCCAUCUGUAGCCCCAUCCCAGAUCUGUUGUCUCCAUCUGUAGCCCCAUCCCAGAUCUGUUGUCUCCAUCUGUAGCCCCAUCCCAGAUCUGUUGUCUCCAUCUGUAGCCCCAUCCCAGAUCUGUUGUCUCCAUCUGUAGCCCCAUCCCAGAUCUGUUUUCUCCUUCUAUAGCCUGAUUCUAGAUCUGUUUGUCCUCUCGCCAACUUCAUUGCUUAAUUUUCAAGCCUAACAUGACAAGAAGUUGGCAUGAUAGCACAAAAAGACUGGCACUAUUUUAUAGGGGGGAAAAUUACGACAUUUUAUAAUUUGGAACUCAAGUUAUAACUAGUGUUAAAACUAAUGAUUCGAGAUCAACUUCUUUACAAGAAAGGGGACUUUUCUUUAUUCUGUGAGUGUAAUGAUUUCAGUUAAAAUGGGACAGUGCUAUCUAUAUAAAGUACAAUAAUUGUCCACACAGUGCAGUACUUCCAUUCCUUCCAUUGCUGUGUGUGUGUUGUAUGUUUUGAAGGAUUUAAGGAGUAAAAGGGCUUUUGUUUA